UGUGCCUGUACUUGUAGUAGCUAACUGCUUGCUGUCCGCUUCAAUAACAAUACACCCGCCGUUCUAACAGCGUGGCUUGCCUCUAAGGUCAGCCAAUUUCUGUGUCUUUUUUCCGGAUUGUCUCGAAAUUUCUUCUGACAACGUAACGCUUCAGAAGCAGCAUGGAAGAAGAGGAACACUUUGUAAACAUAGACCUGAACGAUGACAACAUCUGCAGCAUCUGUAAGAUAGAGACGGACACAGGAACACUUUCCUUCUGCCAUGUUUGCUUUGAGCUGAGCAUAGAGGGCGUAUCCAGUGCCACCCUGUUGCACUCCAAAUCUCUACGUGGGCAUAGGGACUGCUUCGAGAAGUACCAUCUCAUCGCCAACCAGAAGCUCUCCCACGCCAAGGCCUCCCACAGUGCGUACGAGGGCGUGAAACGGGCCUUGAGCCAGCGAAUCGACCGCAUUAUACAGUACGCGCAGAACAGAGACUCCAUAUCCGCAGAGUCACCUGGGCGCUGGGGGCCCAAACAGAUUAUGUGCCACACCCAACAAGGCGGAAGAAAGCUCGUGCCCCAAUCUGAAGCCCAGGUGCCGCGCUACUCUCCACGAUGGGCUGAGGAGGCAUCAAAGGCCGAGUCAGAAUAUGGUAAAACCAUGCUAGACUGCCACUCCGCUGAGGAGCUUGGUCUCGGCCUACUGCAUCAGGGACUGUGGGCCGGAGAGAGACGGGAACAGAAGAAACAGCAGGAUACUGCCAGACAGAGGAGACGCAUGGGACACGGUCGAGAAGAAUUGGUGAGGAUGAGUGUGGAUGAGCUUCGACAGUUGAACGAGCAGCUGCGUCUACAGAUACAAAAUGUGUUUGAAGAGCUCUCCGUAGCUGUCCAGGAGAAGGACUCUCUUUCAUCAGAGCUGCACGUGCGACACGUAGCCAUCGAGCAACUCUUCAAAAACUGUGCCAAGCUGCCGUGGCUUCAGAUCGGGAGAGCGGGGAUCAAAGCUACAAACAGCCCUGUGGAAUGAGAGCUUGUGGGGACACCGGAGACUCUUAACUCCCGGACCAUAGUUCCACGAGAACUCCCUUUGGAGAUCACUCCUGGACUAAUGGGAAACGCACUAUUUCUAAAGUGUGCUCAUGAGAAUUUGAGGUCAUGCUCAAGGUGGCUUCUGAGUUUUAUGCAGAACUUGAAAUAGAAAGGUGUUAUGGACUUUGGAAGUUGAAAAGUGAUGCAGUGUUUUGGCGUGUCCAAAGUGUUUCUAUGCAGACUGAGGUGUUUUUUUUACUUAUAGCCUAUUUUUGUUUCCCUUUUCUUUCUGUUCUGGUUAUAUUUUGUGUCUUGUGUAAUUCUCUUAAAUCACGGUUUACACUUUACAUUUGGGGUGGUUUAUAGACUUGAAUUAGUCUGACAACCUUCCUAUUGCACAUCUGUGCUUGCUGAUUGGCUGUGGUGUUGCUGUGGUAACUGUUGCUUAGUUAACAGAUUUAUCCUCCCUCUGCUUAUUGUAGUGGAACUUAUUAAUGACUGAGGAGCAGGUGGGGUUGUUCCAUUGCUCCAAGAUAUAGUUCACUGUCAUGCCGAGGUCUUACAUGAAUCUUGUUUGUUUACGUUAGUUUUCACUCUGAAAGCUAAACAACAUGGUGCUAGUGUUUAGCUUGGGUGACUUGUUAACAUUUUACAGGUGCUUUCGCCCCAUCAAACAGUCGUUUUAUGGAUGAAUGCUUGCGAAUUUGGUAGAAAAAUUACAUUUGGGACCGUUCUGCUCGUCGCUUGAUCUGAUGUCAAAGAAAUAGAUUACCCAAAAAUGAAGUUUGUCAUGUCACCCUCAUGUCAUUCCAAACUCUCAUGACUUCCUUCAGUGAAGCACGAAAGGAGAUGUUAUACUGGAUGUUACGCACACACGCUUUCUUUGGAAGAAAGAAAGUUACAGAGGUUUGGAAUGACAUGGUGGGUACCUGAGUAAAUUUGUAUGUUAAUAUAAAAUAGCCCUUUAAGCACAGAUUUAAAGCCUAAACUUGGCUUACAUUUUUUUAUUAAUUUGUAAUAAUAUUGAAACAAUAUCUUCAACCAGCUGAAGAAAGAAAACUUAACCAAAGCAAUUGUUACUUUAAAGUAACUAUUUCAGUAUUUAUUUUGGUUGAACAGUUGUUUGCUUUACAAAUAUUUUAAACCAGAUGUGCUCACUAAUGGAUUGUGUAUGGUGCACCAGUUUUGUCAGUAUCCCCAUUCCUAAUUUAAUGCUUUUCUUAUUUUUGAGUGGCUUGUUUUUCCUAUAUGUUGUGUAUACAAUGUUUUUGCUGUGUUUGGGAUAUGCACAUAAUCUGACAAAAGAAUGGGGGAAAUGUUACUUUCAGAUCAGACUCUAUUGCCAUCUGGUGGGCUUUCGGAGAAUCAACUCUUUCUGCCCAUUUCCUGCCGUAUGCAUGGCUCACUGUCCUGAUAUCUCAAAUCUUAGUUAAAAAAAAGUUGCAUUACUUUUAAGAGAUCAGCUAGUUAUAUUUGAAUUAUCUGUUCUCUUUAUAAGAGAUACUAGUUUACCUGACCCCUCUGGGGUUUCUAUGACAAAGUUUUUUUAAAUAUGUUAUUUUUAAUGAGUGAAAUCAUGUAAUGUAUUCUGUCAAUCUGGAUAUGGCCGGCGAGGUACAGUUGUCCUCUUAUCGUGCCAGCGGGAUGUAAUGAUGGAUGAAGCAAUAUGUCCUUGAAGUGUGUUUUUCUUCCUUUGUGCAGUUUUUUUAUGGUUUGCUUGGUUCAUUUCAGAUACAGGAGUUAGAAAAAUAAAUUGAGUGCACUGCCCAAAUGACUUUAUUCUGUUCCUGCAGAGAAGAGCAAUACAAAUUGCAAGGCAGGCCAUGAAUUUAAAUGUUGAAUUGUUUAUGUUAGUGUAAAUUAUGUGUUGAUCAUUCUUUAUUCAUUGCUUGUACUAUUGUUUUGCCAUUUUAAAAGAUUAUUUUCUUUUUCAGUUGCUUGCAUUAUGUGACAUUUCAAAGGAUGUAUUCAAUUCUUUUUUUAGCUUUCCAUAGUGUAAAAGAAUUUUGUUUGUUGUGAUGUGCACAUUUUAUUUAAAGUAUUA